CAUUGACAACAUUAACGACAACGACAUCUACAGCAUCAACGUCAACAUCAGUGACAACAUCGACGUCAGUUACAACUUCAACAUCGACAAGUACUACUGCAACUACUGCUACGACGACGAUCGUACCUGUAUCAAUUGCCCUCUGGUCUCUUGAUAACAAUGGGCUUGAUCUCUACAAUAAUUAUAAUGGUAAUCCCGUGGGAAGUCCAACAUAUACGACUAGUUUUCUUGGAUAUGGUGCUGCUAUUAAUCUCGUUCGAUCAUCUUCUCAAUAUUUAAGUAUCACAUCGAGGCAACUCCUUAUGAAUUCGUCGAGUUUUACAAUCGAAGCAUGGAUUUAUCCAAUCAGUUUUACAGGUAUUGACUAUGGCAUAUUUGGUCAAUGUCAAGCAACAACUACGAAUCUUUGCUUGCAUUUCAUGGCUCGAAGUAACAAAUUAUAUUGCGCCUUCUAUUUUAACGAUAUACAAGGUGUAACGACGCUGACGAUGAAUGUCUGGACUCACGUUGCUUGCGUCUACAAUGCAGCCACUCUCACUCAGCAAGUGUGGCUGAAUGGUGUACUUGAUGGCUCACGUACGGGAUCAUCUCCCUAUCAAGGAUCGUCAGGUGCCACAACCAUCGGUGCUACAUUCAAUCCAGGCAGUGCAGCUGGUUUCAAUGGCUACAUCGAUCAAGUAAGCUACAUAGCUCGAGCCAAGAAUGAUACCGAAAUUUUGAACGAUGCUACCUUGUAUGUCUAUUACCCAUUCGAUAGUGGUUCUCUUAUUGAUAGUGGUCCUAAUGGCAUUAAUGGAACAGCAUCAGGAACUAUAACGACUACAACAGGUAGAGUGAACCAAGCCAUUCAAUUCAAUUCAGGAGCCUAUGUUAGUUACACAUAUGCUCCAUUUUACUUUUUGGGUAUCAACAAUAAUCCUUUCAGUAUCUCUUUAUGGGCGAGACCGACUGGAAGUUAUGCGACUUCAACUCUUGUUUUCGUAUACGCACCAGCAGGUUGGUGUGUACACGUUUUAGUAAUGUCAUCAACUGGUAAUAUUAAUGCGCGACUACAGAAUAGUGGAGCUCUUGGUGUUAGUGGUCCUGUUCUAGCAUUAAAUAGUUGGACACAUAUCGGAUAUACAUAUAGUUCAACUAAUGGUAUUCGAUUGUAUAUUAAUGGUACUCAAUUUGUGACGACAGGUGCUUCUUCUUUUACGGCUUCUGGUUCUCCCAUGUACAUCGUGCUUGGCAAUGAUGAUGGGCGGACAAGUCUCUGCUCGCCGGGUUUUGGUGGUUCAUUCAACGGUGCUAUGGACGAAUUUUAUCUAUACAGACGUGAAUUGACGGCUUCACAAGUUUUAGCUUUGGCAAAUCCUUGA